GACGAUACGAUGGAUUGCAUUCAAGGAGGCUGUGUCUAAAAGCGGUAAAAGCCGACAUAUAUGCGUUGUCAAUUUGACAGUAUAUGUUUGAUGUGAUGGAAGGGGUUUUGUGGAAAUGGACAAACUACUGGAAUGGAUGGCAGACGAGAUGGUUUAUUCUUGACAAUGGUGUGUUGGCAUAUUACAAGUCUCAAGAAGAAGUGAAUCAAGGAUGUAAGGGCUCAAUGAAAGUAACAGCAUGUGAAAUUAUAGCUAAUCCCGUUGACAGUACCCGUAUGGAUCUUGUUAUUCCUGGAGAACAACAUAUUUAUUUGAGAGCUGCAACGUAUCAAGAACGGCAGCAAUGGAUUGUGGCACUCGGAAGUGCAAAAGCUUGUGUUACAACCCGGAGCAGAAAGGACUCAGAUUCAAAUCCUGAUACUCUUAAAUCCAAAAAAUCUGAGCUGAGAUUGUAUUGUGACCUGCUAAUGCAACAAGUCCAUAUGGUUAAGACAGCUGUUACUCAAGAGGGUGGGCCAGAAGUGCAAAAACUGGAUGAAGCAACAAGUUUACUGGGUGCUACCUGUGAUACAUUCAUUAGAACUCUGGAGGACUGUAUGAAGAUAUCUAACGCCAAUUUCACAUAUGAACUUCCUCACCAACAUGCAACUGAUACAGCUCUUCCACCUGUCUCAAAUCAGAACAAAGGAAAAGGCAUGAAAGCAGCAGUGCCCAUCACAAGAACAAAUUCCAUAGACAGGAAAACCUGAAAUAUUACUUCGACAGAAAAUAUAAAGCAAAGAGUUUGUAAGUUAUUCUGUGAGAAACUGCAAGCAGAACUCCUUGUGGCCCAGAACCAUAGAUAUGUACGCUGAACAUGCUCAAAAACCUGAACACACAAAGAUGGAUACUUAACCCACACGUAGUAAUUUGUUGCACGUUGGAAUUCUGCUCUGGUGUAGGUAAGGUGUAAAGUGAGUUCUGGAAUCAUGUCCAAACAUAGUCCAGUGGAUUGUAUAUAAUUAAUAUAUUGUAUUUAGCACCAUUAGUUAAUAUGUUCUUUAAAAUAUUUUAAAACCUAAAAAAAUUAUGUAAGUGGUGAUAUGUGAAUAUGAUUAAGUAAAGCGUUAAAAUAUUUUGAAGUAUGAAAUGUCUGUUUGAGUGGAUUGUAUUGUUUUCUUUUACAUCAGUUCAUAAUGUUGGUGUAAGUUAAUAGUUCCUUAUAUGUCAUAUUUUGUACAAUAAAAUGUUUAUAUAGGAUUUUA